UUGAAGACGUAACGGUACAAUUGGCGGAUGUAACAGCAACCGGAUAUGUGGUUAUUGCUAUUGAUGUGAUUUAUAAUGUGUUUUUGAUAAGUCAGCGKGUCUGCAGGCAUGACAAAAUGCUUUUAAUUUAAAAUAAUUCACAAAAAAAUUGCCAUUAUACAGAAGAAAUGCAAAAAGUGAAAAGUGAAAGCCAAAACGGAUAAGCAAUAAUUUACGCAACCCACCAAACGAGCUUGCCAGCGCCAAUCGUUUUCCUUUUUUUUUUUUUAUUUUCAAAUAGUUAUAACUCUUUAUAAAUAAAGUAGUGAACGCUUUUAACCUUUUUCGUCGCUAACACAAACUCACCGUWAACGUGUCAUGAUGAAUUUCUCCGCGUUCGGUGGUCCCUUCUCCGGCAUACAUCAGUUUGCGGCCAAAUUUGGACACGACACACAAGGUCCACCCGGCGCCUUUGCCACGCCCACCGGUAUCAAUGGCAAUGCAACGGGGGGAGUCGCCGACAAUCAUGUGCAACGCUAUCAGACCAACGGCAAUCAUUUCAAUCAAAAUAUACCAAAUGUCUCGGCCGCCAAUAACACAAUGCAAUACGGACAAAAUAUAUCCAUACCAUAUUCACAACCGCAAACUGAUUUGAAUUUUCUCAACUCCACGGAUCAUAAAGGGAAGAUACAUCCGAAAAUCGAACGCGAUCGCGAAGAAGUUUUGAAUCAACAAAUUUUGCAAAAUGUCAAUCAGUCGUGGCAAACAUUGGCCAAUACUGCCAACACCGUUGAUUACUCGUCUCAUUUGCUAUCUGCAACACUGCCAAUCUCAAUACAACACUUCCUCAAGUAUUCCGAAACAAUAAAGAAGGAAUCCUCAGGUAUUGUCGGCUCUCAAAUCAACUCAGGGAAUUUAAAUUUGAGCAAUUUGGAUACAUCACCAUCGGGUUUUAAGGGUGAUGUUCUCAAGAAUGGCACAAAUUUGAGUCUGGCACUUGGCGGUGUCGCACUCGCUCCACCGUCCAAUCAGCAAGCAAAUGGCGCUACACAUCACAAUGGCGGCAUUGUUGGCAUGGAUCAUACUGGCCAUAUGACCAAUAUGACAGAUAAUACAAAUAAUGGUGCAUCUCUACAUCAGGCUGUUAAUGGCAAUGCACCAAAUCCAAACAUCAAUGGACAAGCAAACAAUGGUCAACCCACCACUAAUGGUACGGUUACGAAUGGUAAUACGGUUACGAGCACUGCACCGGCUGGCACCACGACUACCUCAACCGGUGGUACUACAACGACCACUGGCAAGAAGACCCGAAAGAAGAAGCCACCAAAGGAGAAGAAGCCACGCCCGAAACCGGGUGAGAUACGUGAGAUUAAGGCAUUGGAUGGAUCCACGCUCUAUUGCUGCCCCGAAUGUCAGAUGGCCUAUCCCGAUCGUAGUUUAAUCGAACAACAUGUUAUCUCACAUGCCGUAGAACGGCGGUUCGUUUGUGACAUCUGCAAUGCAGCAUUGAAACGUAAAGAUCAUUUGACCCGUCACAAGCUAUCACACAUACCGGAUAGACCACAUGUUUGUAAUAUCUGCAUGAAGUCAUUCAAGCGGAAGGAGCAAUUAACACUCCACAUUGUUAUACAUUCCGGAGAAAAGAAACAUGUUUGCGUCGAGUGUGGCAAAGGCUUCUACCGUAAAGAUCAUCUGCGCAAGCAYACACGAUCGCACAUUGCACGUCGCGUUAAGUCGGAAGUAUCAGCGCAGAAUGUAAAUGGCGGCAGUGGCACCGGAAACACUGCUCAGAACAACACGAUACAAGGCUCCUGAGGUUCGUACAAGGACUUUUGGUAAAUCUUCAAAAAAACUUCACUCGUGCUACAGCAUGUUGAAGGCAUCAACUGCCAUGGGCGCGCGUAUCCAAAACCGCGUCGCAUGUUAGUGGUUGCUGUCAAUGUGUGUGUAGUGUGAAGUUUCUCUGAAUGUUUAUCAAUUGUCCUGCUGAGCCUUAAUCGAUGUAAGAAGACGAUUGUAGUAACAAGUAUGCGAAAGAAAGUGAAUUUUUUUCUAAUUAAACAUGAGAAAGUAGUGUUUUUUUUAUUUUAUUUUACAACUAUUUUGGUAAAAGGUUGAAGAAUGUGAGAAAAAGAAAUCGUGCAAAAGAAUAAUAAUGUUCACAAUCGCACAAAGCUACAUACAUACAUAUGUAUAUGUAUAAGAUGGAACACGGCGUCGCAUUUGCAAUCGAACGCCAAUAAUAACAACAACUAGUAAUAACUGAAACCGUUAAAUAGCAAUUUCGAUGUACAAAAUAYUUAUUUAAAAUAUAUAUGAUGUUAGGAAGACAAAAAGAAAACACUGAAAACUAAAAACAAAAAUAUUAUUUUUGCUGAAAAAAGUAAAAAAUAUUAAACAAUAUUUUAACGAGACGAAUAGCAACUCAUGGUGAAGAACGCGCAAAUAAUUGCAGACAUACAUAUGCACCAUACAUAGGUAUAUGUAUGCUUAAUUGUAC